AUGAAUUACCAAAUCUUUUCAUGGUUUUCUUUCUUCUCUCUCCUCUUCGUCUUGAAUCUUUUGGUGGUGAUUCAAGUUCCGCGAGUUUCAUGUAACCCCGAUGAGUGGUACGUGAGCUGUGGCAAUACAUUCAAUUGUGGAACCAUCACUGGAGUGGGAUAUCCUUUUCGCGGGAUUGGAGAUCCUGAAUAUUGUGGCUAUCCUGGUUUUGUGCUCAAUUGUGAUCAGGAAAAUGUCACAACUAUUGCUAUUAUGAACAUAAGUUACAGCGUCUUGGAUAUCUAUCAGGAUACACAAGUUAUGAAGAUUGUUCGGGAGGAUCUGAUGCAGACAUCCUGUCCACGUGAUUUAGUGAACACAACCCUGGAUUACUCCAUCUUUGAUUACGCCAAUACUUAUAUGAACCUCACAUUUCUCUAUGGUUGUCCUCCCUCAUCGAAUUUUCCUGGUCUUAGCCUUCUUUCUUGUCGGAACAAUAAUGUCUAUGUAUUUCCUGGAACUCUAGGACCUGGAAGCUGUAAUACCAGUGUCAUUGUCCCAGUUCUCCAAACGGGUCCAGGAUCAUCCGUAAGUUUAACUAGUUUGAAUCAAGUUCUUCAGGAAGGAUUUGAAGUUAGAUGGACGAUGGAUAGCAAAGCCUGCAGUGAGUGCACCGGGUCAAAGGGACGGUGUGGAUAUGAUUUUCCUACCAAUCAAACCACUUGUUUUUGCCUCAACGCCCCUUAUGUGGCUAGUAGCUGCAAAACUGCUAACGGAUCCUCCCCAGGGUCCAUGCCUACACCGCCGGGUAUGUACUCCUUUCUAUUUGAUGAAAAAUUCUGGACCCGAGAACCCAGAAUUUUUCUUGUAGCAAGUGAAAUGACUUCAAAUUUGAUGUUAGCAGUGGGUAUCGUUUUUCCGGGUCACUUGGUUUGCUCCGUUUUGUUGUUUGAUUUACAUUAUGAAAUGAGAGGCCUUGCAGAUAUGAUGCUUUCUAGCUUGGAGGGGGAUAGAGUGAUUAGCUUAAAGAGUAACAUGGAAGUGAAAGAAAAGGAAGAGGAAAAUUAG